AUGGGCAGCAGCGUCCAAGGAGGCUCUCAGAAGCUGGCCACGCCGGAGCAGCUCAGACCUUUUCUGGAACUUCUACGAAAGCACAACGUUAAGGAGCUUGAUACGGCACGUGUGUACAAUGGUGGCAAGAGUGAAGAGCUUCUGGGUGAGAUUCCGGAAGCGCAGAAGGACUUCGAUAUCGCGACGAAAGCUCCUGGCUUCUCUCCCGGCUCCUUGACGUAUGACAAAGUCAUCGAAAAUGCCAAUGCUUCUCUCGCGGCUCUCAAGAUGAAGAGAAUCCCACUGUAUUACUUCCAUGGCCCUGAUCGACAGACAUCGCUCGAGGAAUCAUGCAGAGCAAUCAAUGACCUUCAUCAGCAAGGCAAGAUUGAACGAUUUGGUAUCUCCAACUUUCGCAACUCGGAAGUCGAAGAGUGCUAUGAUGUCUGCAAGAAUAAUGGCUGGGUCCUGCCGACUGUAUACCAAGGAGGAUAUAACCCGCUAAGUCGAACUGGAGAGAAACAGCUUUUCCCAGUCCUCAGGAAGCUUGGCAUCUCCUUCUAUGCAUAUUCUCCGCUGGCAGCCGGAUUCUUCUCGAGAACAACCGAGCAGCAUCGGAACCCUCCGGCAGGAGGUCGCUAUGACCAGAUGAAGUUCGUCAAAGAUAUGUUUGUCAACGAAACAACCCUAAAGCUGCAUGAUAUGCUCACCGAGGCCUGCGAAAAGCAGAACCUCGCCCUUAAAGAGGCCACGCUCAGGUUUAUGAUGCAUCAUUCAGCUUUAGGCCCUGAAGACGGCGUGAUCCUAGGAGCCAGUAGCGUGGAACAGAUGGAGGAGAAUCUGGCAGCCUGCGAGGGUGGUGUACUGCCAGAAAGUGUUGUCGCUGCUUUUGAGUCUCUUUGGACCCAGUAUACGGAAGCUGGUUACGAUCCAUCGUAUUGUGUGUAG